CAAUGGGCAUCGACCGUUUUCUGAUCCUCUUUCUGGUAGCCACCCUCGUCUCCGGUCACGGCGACGAUCUCAUCAGAUUGCCCUCCCAAGCUUCCAGAUUCUUCCAACCUCCUUCUGUGGAGGAAAAUGAAGAGGGCACGAGGUGGGCCGUUUUAAUUGCCGGUUCCAAUGGCUACUGGAAUUACAGGCAUCAGGUCAUUUCAUACCCCUCACCUUCUUUCCAUCGUUAUUUUCUUCCCACUUCUUUUUCUUUAUCCUUAAGAAAACUCCCUUUCACUCUUUUACUUUUUUUUUUGUGUUUGGUAGGACGCACACAUUGAAUUGUUCCAUUAUUUUUUUCCCCUUUUAAAUUUCUCAGCUAAUUUUUUUUUCUUUUUCAUCCGGUUCAUUUCUAAGUAGUUCAUUCGUUUAGAUUACUCCUAGUCACUUGAUUCUGAAGGUAAAGUUGUGAGUAUUGACUUAUAAUCCGUGAGUAUUUACAUCAUAUGGAAUAGUCCUAUGCAGAAUAUGCACCGCAAUUAAAGCCUGGAACAAUUGAUUAUUUGUUCUGAUGUCUGUCAUGCGUAUCAACUACUGAGAAAAGGAGGCCUAAAAGAAGAAAACAUCAUUGUAUUUAUGUAUGAUGACAUUGCUUACAACGAAGAGAACCCCAGGCCUGGAGUCAUCAUUAACAGCCCACAUGGAAAUGAUGUUUACAAAGGAGUCCCUAAGGAUUACGUUGGUGAACAUGUUACUGUUAACAACUUUUUUGCUGCUAUACUUGGAAAUAAGUCAGCUCUUAUUGGUGGCAGUGGGAAGGUUGUGGAUAGUGGUCCAAAUGAUCAUAUAUUUAUAUACUACUCUGAUCAUGGGGGUCCAGGAGUGCUUGGGAUGCCUACUAAUCCGUACAUGUAUGCAUCUGAUCUGAUAGAAGUCUUAAAGAAAAAGCAUGCUUCUGGAACAUAUAAAAGCCUAGUAUUUUAUCUAGAGGCAUGUGAAUCUGGGAGUAUCUUUGAAGGUCUUCUUCCUGAAGGUCUGAAUAUCUAUGCUACGACUGCUUCAAAUGCAGAAGAAAGCAGUUGGGGAACAUAUUGUCCUGGGGAGUCUCCUAGUCCUCCCCCAGAAUAUGAAACCUGCCUGGGUGACCUGUACAGUGUUGCGUGGAUGGAAGACAGUGACAUACACAAUUUGCGAACAGAAACUCUACAUCAACAAUAUGAAUUGGUUAAAGACAGGACUCUCAAUGGAAAUUCACUUUAUGGUUCCCACGUGAUGCAGUAUGGUGACAUAGAGCUUAGCAAGAAUAAUCUCUUCCUAUAUUUGGGUACAAAUCCCGCUAAUGAUAAUUUUACUUUUGUGGAUAAAAACUCAUUGGUGCCACCUUCAAAGGCAGUCAACCAACGUGAUGCGGAUCUCGUUCAUUUCUGGGAUAAGUUCCGCAAAGCUCCUGAGGGUUCUGCUAGGAAAGCUGCGGCUGAGAAACAAGUUCUGGAAGCAAUGUCUCACAGAAUGCAUAUAGACAACAGCGUGAAACUUAUUGGAAAGCUCUUAUUUGGCAUUGAAAAGGCUCCAGAAGUGCUAAGGAGUGUUAGACCUGCUGGGCAACCCCUUGUUGAUGACUGGGACUGCCUUAAAACACUGGUUAGGACUUUUGAGACACAUUGUGGGUCCCUGUCUCAGUAUGGGAUGAAGCAUAUGAGGUCCUUUGCAAACUUCUGCAACGCUGGAAUACAGAAAGACCAAAUGGCUGAGGCCUCAGCACAAGCCUGCGUCAGUAUUCCUGCAACUCCCCGGAGUUCUCUGCACAGCGGUUUCAGUGCAUAAUUCCUAAAAUGCGCUCCAUUAAAGACCCGACGUAUAAUCAUUGUGGCAUUAGGCUUAAUCGUUGUGUGAAAUUUAUUUGCUGUACCUUGGUCAUGAUUUCUUAUACAGACUUUGUAAAUACAAAUGGGACGCUGGGGGGUGCCUCUUUACAUUUUAACCUUGUGCAAACUAGAAGCUGUAACAAAGGCAUUUUACUUGAGGAGAGAUAGUGGAACCGCCUUCAUAAGGGCCCUUGGAACUUACAAUAUGACAAGGCACAAUGGUUUGUAUGUCAAUGCUUUAUUGUACUUAGUAAAAUAUAUUUUAAAAUCUAUAAUUGCAGGUU